ACGGGGUGUGUGAGUGUCACAGUUUUGAAAAGGAGGAGGAAGUGACAGGUGUUAUCAGUAAAAUGACUAUCAAAUUCAGCUGCAUUGCCCAUGGAACUACCAUCCUGUGUAGCCAUCAGAUUGAGGGUAAUUUCUAUGAUGUGGCGGCAUCCAUGCUUCCGAACAUUUCCUCCCGUAAAGAUGGCAAGACUUCAUAUACAGCCAAUAGCUACCAGUUCCACUGUUUGGUAGACAAUGGUAUUGUGUACAUGUGUGUGGCGGAACCAAGUUUUGGCAAACAACAGCCCUAUGCUUACCUGGCAGAGAUCAAAAGGCGCUUUCAGUCAGGAACACUUGCCUCCAGGUCAUUUAGUGCAGGACCUGAUGAAUUUGAUAGAGACUUUGGAUUUGUACUCUCUGGACAAAUGGAGAAGUAUUCUAAGCCUGGGGGAGGGGAUCAUAUCUCCGCUCUGCGAUCCCAGGUGGACGAGGUUAAGGAUGUGAUGACACAGAACAUUGACAAGGUGUUAGAACGAGGGGAAAGGCUAGAUGACCUCAUGGACAAGACAGAAGAGUUAGAGGCUAAUUCUGCUACAUUCCAACGCACAGCCAAGAGAAUCCGAAGGAAGUACUGGUGGAAGAACACGAAGAUGAUGUUAAUACUUGUGUGUGUGGUUCUGGUUGUGAUUGUUGUACUUGUGAUAGUCAUCCUGUACUCUACCCAUGUCCUUCCCCCAAAUUCUGACACCUCCACCACUGUAGCUACGACUACAGUGUCGGGCUGAGUUUGUCCUCUCUCGACUCCUCUACCGUUAUACAACUGUGUCCAUUAACAACUUACCCAGAACUGAAAAAUCUUCCUAAGUGGAAUGAAAAUUAUGUUACAUAGACAUGUAUAUCUGACACAGAAGACAAAAGAUGAAUACAUUAUUAUAUUUUGUGAAAUCAGAUGUGGACCAAAUGAAAGGAAGUUCUAUAUUUAUAAUGAAGUUUUUAGGAAUUGUAAAUGUUUGUUACAAGGACAGGUUGUGGAAUAGAGGUGUGGAGAAUCGUGGUAACAUCAGAAAAUAUAUACCUGUACCUGUUGUCUGUGUACUGCUCAGGCACAUCAUAGGCACAUUUAAUCAAACACCAUUACAGCUAACCAUUUCAGUGUGUUGCACCAAUACCUUACACCCACAUAUUUCCUAAACCCCAUGACACCAUUGUACCUAAUUCACUUUGUUGCGCCAAUAUAUUGCACACAUUUCUCCCAAACCUAUUAAUAACACUAUUUUACGUUAUUCAGUUUGUUGCACCAACACAUUACCAGUACAUUGACAUUUCAGUGUAUUGCUAACCUCACACUUGUGUCCCCAGUGACAAUAACUACCUGUAUGUUCUGGUAAGAAUUGGCACUGACAUGUUUGUUCGGGUUUUUGUUUUACCUUUAUUUACUUGUAUCAACAGAAGAGCAUUUAUGCUUGAGCCUGGUCUCUAAUAGUUUAGUUUUCUCUACAGACCACUGAAGAAUCAGUACCCCUCAUUUCUGAAGUUGAUGUUUCUGUUAUCACUCAGAAUUUUAUGGUGUUGCAGAUUUGUGGAGUUGACAUAAUACAGUAUAUUGUGUGUUUUGAACAACUCCGUGCUUUGAUCUCCAUUACAGUGAAUGAUACAUGACCUUGUCAACAAGUUGAUUAUGAACCACUUUCCAAUUUAGAAGAAAUCAGCAAUAUGAUAUCUACUUUUAUGCAAAUGAUGCAGUGUCUUGUUUAUCUGGUGACAUGUUAAAUCAUAAGAAGAUAUGUUAUUACACUGGAAGUAGUUUUGAAGGCAAACAUUAGACAUUUUGCAGGAUGCAUGAAGCGGAUGAUCCAAUACCAUUUGUGGCUAAGGGGUAUCUGCGAUGGAGGUUAUCUCCCUUUGGUUGGUUAGGAGUAAAUUGGAAAGUACAGUGGAAAAGACAAUCCGAGGAAGCUUGAGAAUGAGAUUUGUGUUUCCACUCACAAUGACUAACAUGUAUAGUAUUUCCAUUUCUAUGUCCAAGUGAAUAAGUGUAAAACAUACACUGUACAUAAUACACACAUAGCUCUAAAGUUUACUGUCUUGAGGACAAAUAUCUGGAAGGGAGGGGGCGCUGAAAGAUAUAUCUCAUCUUCCCUCAGCCAUCUAAAUUACAACAAAUUGGUACCCUGUCUUCACUUAAUUAAUUGAUAAUGGUUCUUCUUUUCCUUUUUUAUGGAGCUGUUAGGCUGUGAGCGCUGCGUUCAGUGCCUUAUUCUGGGAAUAUCCUGGGUGUGUCUUAUUCGUGAAAUUUUGGAUACUUACUGGAUAUUAGGUGUCUUAUUUGCAAAACUGCUGACUAUUCAGUGUCUUGUUGUGUAAAACUGCUGGGUAUUCAUUGUCCUAUUUGCACAACUGCUGAGUAUUGGGUGUCCUAUUUGCACAACCGCUGAGUAUUGGGUGUCCUAUUUGCACAACUGCUGAGUAUUCGAUGUCCUAUUUACACAGCUGCUGAGUAUUGGGUGUCCUAUUUGCACAGCUGCUGAGUAUUAGGUGUCCUAUUUGCACAACUGCUGAGUAUUCGAUGUCCUAUUUGCACAGCUACUGAGUAUUCGGCGUCUUGUUGUGUGAAACCAGUGGGUAUUCAGUGGAGUGUCCAGUGGAAUCCAUUCUAAUGUAUUAUUAGUGUCCAUUCUUCCUUCUGUUACACUUAUACUGGUUGAGCCUGUGGACUGCUUCAAAAGCUUCUUGCUGUGGUUGGUGUUGUUAGUCUUGUUCUAUUUCAGACCAUAUGUUUCACAUAGAAGUGUUUACUAAGAAGUGUUCUUUGUUGAAUUAUCGUACCACUACCAAAUGGAGCCUAGCAUCUAACCAUAGACUUAUGCCUGACUACUUCCUUUGCAUGUGAUUUGUGUUAAGAGAAAACAUGCCAAAAAAUAAUAUCUUUUCCAUGGACAAAGCCUCAAAACGGUUUAAAUACUUUCAUAAUUAAAUUUAGCUAGUGACUGAGAUCAAAGAUUUUAUAUUUGUUUUAUAAUAUAUAUUGUUAGUGGAAUUUUGAAGGAAGAACAUAUUUUUUUCUUUUGUGACCAGGGCUUAUAAAUAUUCAAACCCCCAGCUGUGACAUGUUAAAAUAUGUUUUUCAUUUUGAACUAUAUAUGUCAUAUACAAAAAUUUCAAGUAUUUUAAUAUUCAUGUACUAUGUGAAUUGAAAUAAAUACAUACAUCUAAUGUGAUUAUAUAUGAGUAGGCCUAUAUGUGUAUAUGCAAAGCUUUGAAUUUUAAACCUCUUUGUGAAUACUUUUAAUGCUUACCACAACUCUCUGUGGAUAGUCAGGUCACUCCUGUGUUAAUGUCUAUAGCUGCCCGUGGACUGUCUAGGCUCACCACCUGAUGGCUAGACUUUCCUACAUGAACGUCUAUAACUCCCUGUGGACUUUGUAAGCUCGCCUGUGUAAAUUUUUGAAACUCUUUGUGGACUGCGUAGACAAACUUGUGCAAAUGUCUAUAACUCUCUGUGGACCGUCUAGGUUGACCACCUUUGUGGCUGGACACUCAUGUGUGAAUGGCUAUAGCUUUUUAUGAACUGUCUAGGCUCACCGCCUUUAUGGCUAGACACUCCUGUGUGAAUGGCUAUAACUUUUUGUGAACUGUCUAGGCUCACCACCUUUAUGGCUAGACACUCCUGUGUGAAUGACUAUAGCUCUUUGUGGACUGUCUAGGCUCACCACCUUUAUGGCUACACUCUCCUGUGUGAAUGGCUAUAACUUUUUGUGGACCUUCUAGGAUCACCACCUUAUCGCUACACUCUUCCGAGUGAGCCUAUAUGUCUGCCAGUGCUAGUACAUUGUUGUGGUGGUGUUACUGUGUUAGUGGUAUCAUUGACAAAAUAGGACAGUUCUUGCAAUCAGAUAAGGACCUCCACCAUUAUCCAAGUGCUAAUGUUUUUGUUUAUUUCAAGGAUUUUUUCUUCACUGAUCGGUAAAUUCUCUUCGUGAGUACUGUGACAUUGAAGUUACACUUUUAUGCACAAACUUCCCAAAUUGUGAUAUUUAUUUUGUCAGAUUAUUGAAAAAUGGAUGCAUUGUCUCAUCAGUAAAAGUGUAUAUUGAGUCUUUGACAUUGUGUCUGUUGUUUUAUUACACCAGGGACAUGUGUCACAAUGCCAUUUUACACUUACGUUGUAAACUUUAAUUUUUCGAAAAAAAUAUUUAAAUCUGGAAUUUCUGCUCCCACCACAUAGAAUCGGCGUUCAAAAUUUAAUCGAUUUGCAUCAUAUAUUUAGGAGUUUAUCUUGGAUUACAACUUCAGGCUCGAUCUUCAGGACUACAUAUAUAUACACAUAUAUGAGGUAUGAAUGUUGUCAUCCUUUCAGAAUCAAUAGC